CAAAUAUAAUUAGAAGAAGAUAGAGAAAUACAUAAUACUCUGUCACGGUUACAUGUCGAAGACGCAUCUUCGGCUUUAAAUCUCUCGAGAGGAUAAUGAAUGCACCACCAUCGUAUCAGACGAGUACAACGACUACUAUAACGAUGACUAUGUCACCGACAAACGCAAUACCAACACUACCAAGAGAAAGUGGAUGACGAGGAGACACGAGGUGGUUUUGAAGAGUCCACCGACGACUAGACCGCUUGAUUCCUCUGCUAACUGUGCUCAUGCGAAAAGGGAAGAAACUUUAGAAAAUAAAAAUUAAAAAGAAGAAGAAGAAGAAGAAGAAGAUGGAUCGUAGAAAAUCCAUCCAUUCCAAAGAGAUAAAUUCUUCUCAACCUGUGGGAUAAAUUACAACGAACAACGAAGAAGAACAGAGUACACGCAACGUCUUCGAGGUUUCGUAUUAUUAAUACGAAAUCCUCGAAGGUGAAAAAUUUCCAUGGAAACGGAAUAGGAAGUGGACAAAAAUCAGAUAUAUUUGAUUCUUCGAAGAAAACAAAAACAAUCGCUAAGAAAGGACUAUUAAAAGUGUCAAAUCUCGAAACAGUAGAAUUCGAAGAAGAAAUAAACGAGAGAAAAAUGGCGGGUGCCGGUGUCGGUGGUGUUGGGAUGCUCAGAGCAAGAAGGCGGGACGUCAGUGUGAAACCAAAUAGAAAACUCGACCGGAAGUCCUCUAGGGGGAUGAUUUACGAGAACGAGGAACUCAGAUUGAGAACUAUUCAUAUUAACGCCGAGGUUGAACAAGGUCAAAACGAUAUAAAGAAAUUGCGAAGGGAGAACGAACAGCUGCGCAGAGAGAUAUGGAGCCUUCGGGAUGAGUACGAUAAGCUCGAGGAGAUACUGAAGAGACAAAAGAAUCCUACUGAAAGCGACGAAUCUGAGGAUCGCUCUGAAGAAGAUGAUGACGUGGUACAUUCGGAUUAUUCCGAGGAGAACGAGCAAGAAGAUGAAGAGCCUGAGAAAAUUCAAAAUGGUAACGAAAGGACAACGCAGGAGCACGAUCAGGAGGAACAAUUAGAGAACGCUGAGAAUCAGAAAAUAUCGACGGAAAAGAUGAACAAUAAUAGUUUGCAUCGAUUGCACGUUGAUUUUGAUGAUCUUUCGGUUGUCGAUGAAGAAGAAGAGUUAAAAAAAGAAAAAGAUAGAAAGGAAACAACAAUAAUGAGUGAAGAAAAUCAAGAAAAGUUUAAAGUUAGAUUGAUAGAACCUAGAAAGUUACACGACAAUAUACCCUUUUAUCCGGGUAGUUACGAUUCUAGUCAAAGUUAUACAGACCCUAAUUACUUUCAAGAAUAUCCAUGUCCAACAAGUACAGUGGAUUCAUUGAUACGAGGUGGUAGUAACUUGUCAAACGUCUUACCAUCUCUUUGUCCAGCUAUUUACGCGGAACCAUUGAUUCCUUUAGGGACAUUGGACUCCCCAAUAUUGAAUCCAAUAAACGAUAAAAUAAUACCGGAAAUUCACGUGCCACCGAUUGGUUGGCAAAACAAUCUAUUACUUUCGGAGUCAACGGCAUUGCCAAGUUAUCCGAAUGUAUUGGCUAGCAGUAGUGUAUCAAAUUCAACUAUGAGAAUGGCAAACGUAGAAAGCUCGCAGCAACAGCAGCACUUAGAGAGUCACGCAGUUGGAAACUAUCAAAGUUUCGCGAACACCGCUGGUAUACGACAAAAGAGAAACUUGGAUGAUUCGAAACAGCAGCAACAGAAGCAAGGGAACCAACUUGCUUUAAAAUUAUUUGAAAAUUCACAUGCAUACAUUCCAAGACAACAAAAAGAAGUAUCAUUGGGUAACCUAUGGGAUGAUAUCGAUGCAUCCUGUGAGAAAAAUAUUGAAAAUGAAAGAAUAAAUGGUCAUCGGAAUAUCGAAAAUAACGAAGAAAAGGAUUCCGAUGAAAUUUAUGCGUUCGAUGAUACGGAAAAACCGAAACACUUUUUUGCCCCAUUAGCAACGACGAAAUCGAAGAAAUUAUUGGACGAGGAGUCACCUACCGUUUGCGGUUCUAAUUACUUUGGAACUGGAACUAGUUCCAGUAGCGGCAAAACCGGGUCUACGGUGAUCUGUGAAAGCAAUCAAUUGUUAGGGUUAAAGGGUUCCAUUGACGUUUGCGUAAACGGUGCAGUUUCCUAUGGAAAUAAUUUCUACCGAGAGAAGGAAGAUACACAGAGAAACGUGUAUCUAAGUACGGACAAUCUGUUGAUUGAAAGCGUCAAGCCUAUACCGAUCAAUCAGUUAACUAAAUCAAUGUCCUGCCAGGAUUUAAGCAGUGAUUCGCAACCCUUGACAAAGAUUAAUUACAACGAGAAAGGACAGACAAUGACUAUGAGCGACAAUACUUUAGACAAUUUAACCAACGAAUCAUCUUCGACUAAGGCUUAUAGAUCUCACUUAAAUGUUACAUUAAAAAUUCCACGUCACGAUCGUGAAAGAAACGCGAAUACUCCGGAAAUUCCACAAUUACCAUCGAUGGAUUAUAGAAUUCUCACGAAUCCAUUUCUCAGGAAUAUUGAACGAAACGUUUUUGAGUCUUCCGAUAAAAAUUCUCCGAUAACCAAACCACUUUCCGUUCAAGUCAGUGAAAACAAUAUAAAUUACAGUUAUCCAAGUUCACCGCCACCACCACAGCAACCAUUGGGCUUUACUCGAGGACUUAGACCUAGUGAAAGAUAUCGUAGAAGGCAAGGUGGAAAUUUAUUACCCGAUCAGAAUCGAUUGUUGAUUCCUACCGAUCAAUUGAUCCCAAAUAAAAAUCUUUCUACACCAACACAAGACUUCCAAGUAACAUCUUUCGAAAGACCAAGUCCCCAUGCACUAUUACCAUCAGCGAUGCCCUAUGAUCUCGAUACUUUAAGAAGAAUAAAUGCAACGCGUUAUCUACAAAAUCAAAAUCUUUAUCAAAAUAUACCAUUCGUCCCGGCUCACGUUUGUCCCACUUUACAAAUGUAUUAUGAUCAAAAUACAAAGAAGGUACCAGCCCAAACACAAACAUCAAUAGACGGUGAUUCUCAUAUCGAGGAUGAUCAAAGUUGUCUGCAUCAUCCAGAAGAGGAAAAUAAUAUCAGUAUACCGAACUCACCGAGCGGACAACGACGCAAACGAACAAUGAAAAAGGAUAAACUACUCGGUACGAAAGCUCUUUCACCGUUAGCUCAAAGAAAAUUGAAAAAACAGAAUAGCGUGACAUCAACGGAAAUGCCUGAAUCCCCAGGCAAAUCUGUGGUACGUCAAAGAGCUAGGAAACUGAGUAUCACGACAACUACGACAUCGGAUGCCCUCGAGGAUAAAAACGAGAGUAGAUCAUCAUCCUCGGGACAAGAUUCACCGAGAAAAGAUCAAGUAAGACGUAUGUCAACUUAUUUCAAUCCAAAACAACGACCGUCGUUAACAUCAAUCAAAACAACGAGAAGUGGUAGUUUAGAAACAUCGAAAGACAAAUAUUCAGAUGGUUUAACUACGACUACAUCGGAUAAAGAAAUAAUUCAUUCUGCGCAGAUUAGAGAAGGCAGUAAUGUUCCUGUUAAAUCUAGAAAAGGUAGCACAAGUAGUGGAAACGUUCCCUGGUGUGCUUGUUGGGGUAACGGUUGUGUUUGAUUUCGAUUCGAGGCCAAGUAUACGGGUUUAAAGGUUCUCUGUAUAUAUUCUUAAAGUGAGAUAAGAUCUUUGACGUUGUUGCUAAAGGUGAUUCGUUAAAUUCAAAAUACCGCAGGAAACGGAAUGAACUCCAACAGUCUCGUCAUGAAUUCAAUCUGAAAACUGUGAAAUAUAGGUUAAGGAGGGGUAUGGUCUAGCAGGAAACUUGGAAAUCAUUCGAAAUUCAAAUCUACGGGUUCGUUCGCAACUGCGACACCGAAUGGGACCACGAUAAAUUCUACAGAGUAUAGUAGGCGAAACUUCAACUAAACUACACGUCAUUUUACGAAACUAACUCACCGAGUAUACGUAUGCGUAAUGUGUGUGUGUGUGUGUUUGUGUAUAUACGCUUACGUAUAACUCUGAGUGAAAUUGUGACCAAGUGUAUCAUAAAAUCAACGCACCUCUUAGAAAUGAAUCAUAAAACUAGUCUCCAAUGGUAAUAUCACCUUCGUAUAUAAGUGAAUCAUUACAUUUGUGCAUGUAUGCGUAUGCGUGUAUAUGUGUUAGUAAUGUAAAAGAGAACGCGUAUGAAUUACUGUGUAAAUUAUGAAUGCACCUGCGGAAUAGGUCAAAGACCUAUGUAUUGAAACGACUGCAAAAACGUGUUUUGAAACUUUACAAUUUGAUCAUAUAUAAAAUGUAAUAUUUAUAUUCAUAAAUGUAAGUAAUAUACAGUGUAUGUAUGUGCGCGCGUGAAUGUUUAUCAGUAGGUCGAGAAACAUAGAAUUUAAUAUUAUUUUCUAUUAAGAAAAUUCUAUGCAUUUAUGCGCAGUUUUUAUCCAUCAUU